AUGCGCGCCGACCUCUGCUUCCACAUGAUGAAGAGCCUCUCUGUGCUCACCGACAUCCAGAAGAAGCUGUUGCACCUGGAAGAAAAGUAUGAAUUGAGAGAAGAAAUUGGAGCGGGCAGCUAUGGCAAGGUCUAUCUUGGUAUUAGAAAAGCGGACGGAAAACGAUUUGCCAUCAAGUUGACUUAUUCCGUAGUUAACAACGAUGUGCCUGGAUAUCCGAAACCACUACCAAACGAAGUGGCAAUGAUGAUAAUUGCAAGAGACCCCCCCAGCCCGCUGUUCAUCAAACUCCAUGAAUGGUUUUUGGUUAAAGAGAAGAAGUUGGCAGACGGGAAAGUGGAGAAGACAAUAAUGUUGGUGAUGGAGUAUCUUGCCACAUGCAAAACACUGGAGGAUUUCCUGGAGGAGCACCAACACCUGGAGGAGAGAGAUGCGCGCUCACUGAUCUUGCAGAUUGUCAAAGCAGCGCAGCAGUGCUUGAGGCGGGAAAUUUGUCAUUGUGAUAUUCAUGAUUGUAAUAUCCUGGUCAUCAGACCGCCUCUGCACAUCAAGCUAAUUGAUUUUGGUCUGGGGAAGCGCAUCUUCCAUGAUCCAGAGAAAUACCCGCCAGAUACAAGGAUAUCUCCAAAGGAUGCGGUGAAAACUACGGUGAAUCAGCUGUAUUUCAUCAUGUCAGACAUAGCAAGACGAUGUUCCAGCACACCUGCAGAUUUCCGGACCUUUAUAAAUGCCUGCUAUACCAUUGAUGAUGACACAAAGAUCCAGCACACAGUGGAGCAGAUUCUGGAUCAGCCAUGGCUUAGAAACUAA